UUUCUCAGGGAUAUGGGCAUCACUGCUGUACCCAAUGGGGUAACCUAACGGUUUAGCCCAUAGCAACCAAACUCAUGUAAAUCAUAGCCCAGUGUAUCUUGCCUGUUGAUUGGUUGUUAUGGGUCACCUACAUUUGGUACUGUAGGUCUGACUGUACCCCCCCAGGAACCUUUCCCGUUACCCUAAAAUGUAUUUACCCCACACCGACCCCCCCUAUUGGUGUGACUCCCGCCUUGACCUCCCACUGACCCCGGGGCUUCGCUCCUUGACCUUCUCACCCCCACUUUCAUUGGCCGAGUGUGACGUCACCGGCGAGCGGCAAAGUCUGAAAGGUGCGAGUGAGUCGCAGUAGUAAAAUUCUGCAAGUGAACCAAUGGCUUUAAAAAAGUCAGACAAGCAACAGUCCAUCCUACAGUUUGCCUCCUCUUCCGCCGCUCUGGAAGGUCCCGUAACUCCAUCAAUGCAAAAGCUGAAGAAGAAGGGUACGGCUCAGCAAAAGCUGGAGAGAUGUGAGCUAGAGUCCCCGCUCUGCCACAGAAAAGAAAAAUCCAAGAAAAUCCGGAAGAACCGAAAGCCGUUAGACUUUGAGAUCGAGCCAUUACUUGAGCCGUGCCAGGGGCGGCACAACAACACCCCCUUGCAGGAGCACUCAAACCAAAGCUCAUCCAAGAAGAAAAAGAAGGAUAAAAAGAAGAGACAUCAGGAUGUGGAGGAGAGUUUCCCACCGGUAAAAAACUGCAAGUUAGUUGAUAUGAACCAAAAUGGAGACAUGUUGCUCACACCCUUCAAGGUGAAGAAGAGCAAGAGCAGGAAAGAGAACACUCCAGGUAAAAGCCUGAAUUCCUCUGUAUGUUCCCCGGUCAGUAGAAGCCACAGUCCCUCUGCCAAUUCAGCCAGCGGUCGGUUGAAACGGAUCCGGAAAAACCUGUACAAGUAUAUGACCAUCGAUCAAGCCCAAAGUGCCCUUAUGGAGUUAAAGGGUAUUGUUGGGGCAACCAACGCCUCGGAGAUGGAGGAUUCAAGCCAAAGUGUAUCUGCUUACGAUUCUGCUGUAUUCUGCUUCAAACAGGGUGAAAGUGGCAGCCCCACAAAGGCUUUGCCAUCCCGUGCAACCCGCCCAAAAGCCGAUGGGAAGAGCAGGGAAUCUGGUUCUAACGAAGGCAGCUCCACUGUAGAGGAAAUUCCAAGUAGCUCCGGCCACAGCCAAGACCUGUUCAUCACGCAGAAGUCUUUCAUGCCUGUUGAGGCGUUGGGGAGUAGUAGUGGCAGCUCUCCUCCUUUGGGCCAGGGGCAAGACCCGGGAUCCCUAAAGAGUUACAGCCGCACCGACAGAGUGCUGUUGUUCUCCCAAGUGUCGAUGUUUACAGCCAAGGCCGACGAGCCAUCGACGUCCUCUGCUUCUAAAACCACGGACAAGUCGACGCAGACCGAAGACGUCUUCAGCUACCUAUCCCUAAUGUCCCUCAUCAACAGAGUCAGAGUCUUGGAGAAAUGUUCCGAGCAGCCUCUCGACCUGGCUUUGUCCAACCGGAUCCGAGCCGGCGGCGCCGCAUCCCUCACCUGCAUAAAGACGGAAGACGAAGAUAUCAUACUCGUCGACGUCAAACGGGCAGGUAAGCUCAGUAUGAGCCAACAGCGAAGGAUGGAGGAUGCCAAGUUGGUCCAGACUCUGCUCAAUUCCUCCUACUACUUCAAAGGGAAAGGCGACCACUGCAGUCAGCUCCCUAUUGCGCCGCUGUUGAAGAUGAAGAUGAAGAUGGAAAACAAGAAGCGUUCAAGAAAGUCCCCUGGAAUUCGGCAUUAGAAUGAAAACCUUCGUCUUCUGAGCUCUCAUUCCUCCUAUAUAGGAUCAGUUGUUUCAGUGUUUUGCUUUGACCAAUGGCGAGGAUUCUCUCUCCAUCACAUCUGUUCUGUUCUUCAAUGAAAUGGUUGUUAUAUAUUUCAAUAAUAAUUAAUACAGUUUCGUUAAAUCGUUGCA